GCCCAGGGAGUCGUGUACAUUUUUGAGGUUAUGUGUUAUAUUGUUUUCGUAUUUUUUUAAAAUAAAAUUGAAAGUAAUUUAAAUAAUUUGUGAAACCAUAAAGCAUUUUACGCAAAAUUGAAGGAUGGGUAAAACAUCGAUUUUGGAAUUCUGGGUUUAAUUAAGCCAGAAUAUCUUAUACGUAGAGACAAGUGGCCAAAAUAUCGAUGUUGGAGUACUCUGAGUUCACCGACGUGAAAGCACCCUUUAAGAACGUCCACGACUGCAAAGUUUGUCCAUUUUUCACCACAUCGUUUUUCCUCAUGACGAAUCACCUCAGGCGCCACAGUUCCUCGCUACAACAAUUUAACUGCGAAAAUUCCCACCUGGAAAUGUACAGUUGCAAAGAUUGCAAUUUCAGCACGGAAUUGACGCUCUAUUUUAAACAGCACAUUGACAGACAUCAUGGUCUCGAAAAAGAACUCCCAAAAAAGGUAUCAAGUGAGGACUAUAACAUAAAACAUUAUAUUUGCGACAAGUGUUCUUUUGAAACACAUUUUGUGAUAAAGUGGCUUCAACAUACAUCAGCAUGUUUGCACAGUGAAGCAAAUCUUCCCUCGCUGAAGUAUGUGAAGGACACUGACCCUAAACAUUUCCAGUAUAGAUGUGACCAGUGUGGACGCAAGUACAAAUACAAAACGUCUUUAGAAAAACACAAAAUCUUCACGCACUCGAGUCACGAAGAAAUAUGUUGGUAUCACUGUGACAAGUGUUCAUAUAAAAGUAAAUAUGUGUCUCAUUUAAACAGUCACGUGAACGCUCGCCAUUUGGACGAGCACGAUAUUAAAUGGUACCACUGCAACAAAUGUUCAUAUAAGUCUAAAAGAAAUCGCUAUUUAAGACAACACAUAAUUGCGUGCCAUUUAGACGAACAGGAUAUUAAAUGGUAUGAGUGCAAAACGUGCCCAUAUAAAGCUAAAAGCAACACCACGUUACAAAAACACAUAAAUGCGCACCAUUCAGACAAACAGGAUAUUAAAUGGCACGAGUGCCAACAUUGUCCAUACAAAACUAAAUACAAGUCGACGUUGGAUGGGCACGUUAUUGCGCACCAUUUGGACGAGAAAGAUAUUAAAUGGUACAAGUGCGACAAGUGUCCAUACAAAGCUAAACAAAAGGGGAGUUUGAAGUACCAUAUGAAUGCCCAUCAUUUGGAUAAUGAGGACGUGAAAUGGUACAAAUGUAAAAGUUGCCCAUACAAAGCUAAAACAAAGCACUAUUUGAAAAAUCACAUGAGCACGCUACAUUUGGACGAGAAAGAUAUUAAAUGGUAUGGAUGCAAAAAGUGCCCAUAUAAAACUAAGCUUAAAAGAUCGUUAAAUAUACAUAUUAGUACGACGCGACAUUUGGAUGAAAAAGACGCCUAAUAAGGGUAACGGGAUCUCAGGAUAAAUGAAAAUCUAGAAAAGAGAAAAGCCAAAAGAAAACAGUGGCAUGUGUAUUACUAGUCAGGGUGUUGCAGCUAAUACUAGUACUAGUUUUAGUUGGUAGCAAGAAUGGGAGAAAACCCGAAACAUUUAGCUGAACACUCAACUUCUUGAAGUUUUAAAAGCAACUAAACU